AUGGCUUAUUUUACCUCGUCUUACUCGGCGAAGGUGGGCUGUGCCGUUGAGCCUCCCCCUGGCUGCACGAUUCCCGCUGCGGCUUCCCCGCCCCCGCUACUAGACCGGACCGAGCCGAGGGAAGUAGCGAAGAUGCUCCGGAGAACCGCCAAUACCGCUCCGGGCCCGGAUGGUGUCAAAUAUGGCAUCUGGCGCCGCCGUGACUCGUCUGGUCACGUGCUCUCUCGCCAUCUUCAACAUCUGUUUGGCGGCCGGGCGCUUCCCGCCGUCGUGGAAGGUCUCAUCCACGGUGUUGAUUCACAAGAAGGGGGGCCCCCGAUGAGAUCCACUAACUGGCGGCCCAUCGCGCUGUCAGACACUGCAGGCAAGCUGUUCUGCAGUGUAUUGGCUCAUCGCCUCUCAUCGUGGAUGUCGGACAAUCGCCUCUUAUCUUGGGCGCAGAAGGGGUUUACUGCGUCUGAGGGCUGCUUGGAGCAUAAUUUUUGUGCUCCAGGAGCUGUUGGCUGA